UCCUCUUUCUCCACGUCAACUCCAACGUAGGGUUUCCUCUCUUCCUCUUAUCUUUAUUGGUUUCCUUUAUUUUGCUGCCAAGAAAUCUUGUCUUCUCGAUCUGUUUCUGGAAAAAUAACAUGGGAGUUCUUGUUGUAAAUCCUCAAGAUUGCCUGAAAAAUCCCUUACAAUCACAACCACAACCACAACGUAUGAGGUUCACACGGAACCCUAACCUCAACAACCCCCGCCCAAACCGGGCACAACCCAACCGCCGAAAACGGAGUCCCAACUCAUCCCCACCUCCACGCGCCGCUGUACCCAAGAACAACAACAGCAACCUUGUUAUGGGACAAGUCAGGAUUCUCAAACGAGGCAAAGAAGAUUUAAUCGAGCCCGGAAAGAAGGACGAGACUCCAAGAGGGAGUCAUAACACAGAGGCUGUGAAAAGUGAAGACCUGGGUUUUGUCUCAACCAACAGGCUGGGUCCUGAUGCCGUUCUGGUUCCGACUCAGGUCCAACUCGCUGAGUCGAUGGACAUAGUUAAUGGUUUUUAUGCCGGAUCGGCUUUUAUUACAUCCCCGCCACCCAGUUCUCUUCCUCUACCUGGCUUUUUCACGAAGAAGACAAAUAACCUUGUUGCUGUUGAUGCAAGCAGUGAGAUAAUGAAACUUUUAGGCCUUAGUUUGUAGUUUCAUCAAGGUUUCUUUUAUUGGGUUUUGAAGCUGCUGCUGCUGCUGCUCUGGCAGAUGGGAUUUGAAGGCUGAAGAUGAUGAUGUAGAUGGGGUUUUGUUUUUUGAUGUUUUGCAUUCGAUUGUCCCGUAUUUUUUCAAGGGGAGAAAUCGAAUUGCUUGACCUUAAAAUUCUUAGUCUUACUGGGUGCGUGCGCUCGCUGUUUCUGCGUGUAUAGUUUAAUUAUCAGUUUGUGUGAGUCCAUUGCUAGAAUUUAGAAUCUCUAAGGUCAUUCGGGGUAUUUAAGGUUACAGUUAGCUCCUUUUAAGUUAAUGAUGGUUUAGUUUUAAUAUGUUUAAUUUUGUAACAGGUGCCUGUCAAGAUGACCUUUGAUGCCCUUUGUUUUUAGGGGUUGUCUUUUUGAAUCCCUGUUCAUGCUGUGCUUGAUUAGUUGUCUUAAUAAAAAUCAAAUCUUUUUAGUG